UAUAGCAACUGAAACUUCAAAGUUCAAACUUUAACUUCUGACUUUAUUUCCUUUUAUAGCAAUCUCCAACAGUUCCAUUUGCACUUUGUUCUUUCUUUUUAGAUACUCAUUGAGUUCAGCUGCUCCUGUUUGUGGACCCAGUGUCGUCACAUUCGAGGAUUUUAAGCAAUUGCACCCUCUUCACUCUUUGCAGUGCACCAUCUCAAUUUCUCUCUGCACUUGCUUUGAAACUCUGGUCCCCAACAUUCAGGUAGCUGAUUUGAGUAUGCAAACUUACAGGCUUCAAGAUAAAGAGGGAAGCAAUGUCUUGUGCAGAGUUUUACAGAGGGACUCUAACAUUAGUUAAAUCUUGAUCACUUCUAAUCUCCAACCUAAGAAUGGAAUACCCAUUUUCUCCUAAGGGAGGAGAACUUGGGUAUUGGCAGUCUCCUAGCGCACAGUUCGGGGGAUCAAUAUCAUCAGACAAUGGAAUCAGCAAUUCAAUAUCAGAUGAUAUGCCUAACAGCUUCUCUGAGCUUUUGAACUUUGAUUCUUAUGCUGGUUGGUUCACUGGUCCAUCCGUGACUGAUCAGAUUUUCGCUAAUGAGCUUCCAUCAUUUGCCUCAGUAUCAUAUCCAUUGUCCGAUGGAUUCAAUUUAGCUGAACAGAACAGUGGGCAAUUCUUUACAACAGGAGUUUGUGGAAAUAGUAGCAAUCUUGAGAGCUCCUCCACUCAUGGGGAGAGGGUUGUGUGUCAGCAAAUGGAUACCCUACUUGGUUUCUUAGAUGAGACAAAUGAUGCAAAUACCUUAAAUUCUAAGCAAAAAAUAAAUGACACUUUGCAACAAUUUAGUACGUUUGAGGAGGGAAAUUACACAAUCUCCAGGCCACCUGGUCCUUCACUCGAUGAGAGAAUGCUAAGGGCUUUGUCAUUCUUUAAGGAAUCCGCUGGUGGGGGCAUAUUGGCUCAAGUCUGGGUACCCUUAGAGCAUGGUGGUCAGGUCAUCUUAAGCACGAGUGAGCAACCUUAUUUACUAGAUCAAAUGCUCGCAGGUUAUCGUGAAGUGUCAAGGACAUUUAAAUUUCCUGCAGAAGGAAAACCAGGUGGUUUCUCAGGACUUCCUGGUCGUGUAUUUGUCUCCAAAGUUCCUGAGUGGACUUCCAAUGUUGGUUAUUAUAGUAAGAAUGAGUACUUGAGGGUUGAACAUGCAAGGAAUUACAAGGUUCGUGGAACAAUCGCUUUCCCUAUAUUUGACACGCACUCUGAACUGCCAUGCUGUGCUGUACUGGAACUUGUCACUACAAAGGAAAUGUCUGAUUUUGACAGAGAAUUGGAAGUUGUUUGUCAUGCACUUCAGCUUGUAAAUUUAAGGACUACUAUGCCUCUUCGAAUUUUUCCCGAGUGUUAUUCAAACAAUAAAAGAGCUGCUUUAGCAGAGAUAGUUGAUGUGUUAAAAUCUGUGUGUCAUGCACAUAGAUUGCCACUGGCAUUGACUUGGAUCCCCUGUUGUUACACUGAGGGCCCAAAAGGUGAAGCUAUGAGGAUACAAAUUAAAGAGGGUCAUUCAAGUUCUGGUGAAAAAGUCCUACUAUGCAUUGAAGAAUCAGCUUGCUAUGUAACUGAUAGAUUGAUGGAAGGAUUUGUUAGAGCAUGCAUUGAACAUCCUCUUGAGGAAGGGAAAGGCAUAGCUGGGAAAGCUCUUCAAUCAAACCACCCUUUCUUCUAUCCUGAUGUGAAGGAAUAUGAUAUUAGUGAAUAUCCACUUGUCCAUCAUGCACGCAAGUGUAAUUUGAGUGCUGCAGUUGCAAUUAGGCUAAGGAGUACUCAUACUAAUGAUGAUGAUUACAUAUUGGAAUUCUUUCUGCCUGUCAAUAUGAGAGGGAGUUCAGAACAGCAACUUUUAUUAGACAACCUCUCAGGUACUAUGCAGAGAAUUUGUAGGAGUUUGAGGACAGUUUCAGAUGUUGAAUCAUCAAGAAUUGAAAGCACACACAUGGGGUUUGAAAAUAAAAAUCUCCCCAGUUUUUCCCCUUUGUCUAGGGAAAAUUCUCAGAUACCAUUAAUAAAUGCUAACCAGGAUUCUGUUCAGAAGUCAUUGAAGGCAUCUAGACUGAGAAACAAGGGAAGUAAGCCUCCAUAUAACCAGGUAAGUAAUGGAUCAAGAAGGCAGGUUGAGAAAAAUCGAGGUACAGCAGAGAAGAAUGUUAGCUUGAGUGUUCUCCAACAACACUUUUCUGGGAGUCUGAAGGAUGCUGCAAAGAGCAUUGGUGUUUGCCCAACAACUCUGAAGAGGAUAUGCAGACAUCAUGGAAUUUCAAGAUGGCCAUCCCGCAAGAUUAAUAAAGUUAAUAGUUCAUUGAAGAAAAUACAAACUGUGCUUGACUCUGUCCAGGGAGUGGAAGGUAGCUUGAAGUUUGAUCCCUCCGUAGGGGCAUUCGUGGCAGGAGGGUCAACCAUCCAAGGAAUUGAUACACAUAAAAGCCUUUUGUUCCCUGAGAAAAGUACUAUAAGAGACCCCAGGCCUAUCACACAAGAUGCAGUCUCAGUACCAGCUGUACCAUGUGGUGAAAGUGAGAAAUCGGCGAUUAAGUUGGAGGGAAAAUUAAAGAAAACCAAUGCUUCUUUGGUUGAUUGUUGUGAAGAUUCAAAAUCAAUGGCAAUGGAUGAUCGGUCGAGCCACAGCUCCAGCCUGUGGACCAAGGCACAGGGUAGUUCUGAACAAGCUUCUUUGGGUUCUGAUCUUGCAAAAAGAGAUAAAUGGGUUCUGAACAAUGAUGGUUUGAGAGUAGAAAAUUUGAAAUGUAAUACUGUUGGCCAGAGUUCAGGCUCCUUUACUGAUGAUGAGAUGGGCAUUGAUGUGGAUAAUGAUGAGGUUGUUGAACUUAACCACCCUACUUGUUCAAGCUUGACAGGCUCAUCUAAUGGCUCUAGUCCAAUGAUCCAUGGUAGUUCAUCAAGUUCUCAGAGCUUUGAAAACCAGUCCAAAGGAAAAUCAACAACUGUUGAUAGGGGGUCAAAAAUUAUUGUCAAAGCUACCUAUAGAAAAGACAUCAUUCGGUUCAAGUUUGAUCCAUCCGCAGGUUGUUUCAAGCUAUAUGAAGAAGUUGCAGCGAGAUUCAAAUUACAAAAUGGGACCUUCCAGCUCAAAUAUCUAGAUGAUGAAGAGGAAUGGGUGAUGUUGGUGAGUGACUCUGAUCUGCAAGAGUGUGUAGACAUAUUGGAUGACAUUGGAACUCGCAGUGUGAGGUUUCUUGUUCGUGAUUUGCCUUGUGUUUCUGAAGCAGUUUCUACAGAGGCAGCUCAUAGCGAAUUGUGAUCCUCUCAUGUCACAUGACAGUGCCAUGUGAAAUGUGUGUCUAUCUAUCUUUUUAGAAAUAUUCAGAAGGUUUCACCUAUUUAAUAGGUACGAGGAGAGAUAGACACAAUUUCAUCAUGUUUGUCGUGUGAAGUAUCCACAUGAGAGGAUUCUUAUAUGAUAUGAUAUGAUGGAUGGCUUCAGUGCAACAAUUCAAGUAUUGCUGCUUUGACAAGAUUAUGUUAGUUUUUCACAAUCUUAUGAGUAUUCUGCAUCUGGAGGAGUUUGAGUUUUAGCCUAGGCCACUAUUGCUAGUUGCAAAGCUUACCUAAAUAUUUUCAGCUUCCAAUGUUGUUUCUGAGUGGCUUUUUAGAAGAGAAGACACGGGUCAUAUGGCAGCACUUGCAAGUUAAAUAUAUAGUUAUGUUUCUGUAAAUGUUAAACACAGCAGCGGCAUAGUAAUUUAUAGUAGUAGUGAGGACUGAGGUGAAUAGAACCUCACUUUGUUGUACAGAUUUCCCUUGAGAUAUUUAUUUAUUUAUUUUAAUCCUAAGGAAGUAGUAUGAAGUUA